CUUCCGCCAAGGAAUUCCGAGGGCAAGCCUAGCCGAGCCUUUGAACAAUGUCUCCUUGCUUCGACUCCCCUUGACCAUCUUCGUUCAUCCAUUGAGAUGCAUGCACGCUUUCAGUCUUUUGCACAGGCUGUCAAAAGCUCGAGGCAAUGGACCCGGCUCACUUCAGCGCCACCAUUUCCUCAGCUACCGCGCUUCAUAUGUCAAAGUUGCCGCCAUAAAUUUCCUUCCCCUGCAGUCUUCCGCAGCAACAUCUCCCAGCCUUUAAGACGUACCUUCGCUACUGCCGCGAGGAACUCCAAGGAGAGAAAGUACCCCACCGAGCUUUUGAUCUACGACGCAGGAGACACACGCACCACAUAUGUUGCCUUCUGGAAAGCCGUCGUGUUGCUACAAUUUGGUACCUGUUUUGUCUUUAUAACACCCUUGCUUUACAGAAACCCCAAUCAGCCAAAUGAAUAUAUACGUACAGCUCAAGCCGCUGCAGUCACUGUCUUGUCAGCAGUUCCAUGUGCUCUGCUGUCCUUUCUGACAGCUCCUUACGUCUCCCAAGUGCACAUGCAAAUCCCCCCAAACGCCACACAUUCUCUGACUGCACUCCGCGCAUUCGCACGGAAUCCGCCCUUGACAACCAGGAUUCGGUUUCUCACCCUUCGCAUCUUCCCGAUAGGUAAAUUCACGUCGUGCACUUUGGGCGAAAUGCGUGCUCUGCCACCCCGUCGCUUCCGCAUGGCCAAUCUACAGCGGUUGAAGGCCAAGUCGUGGCGUGAGGACCAGAGGAAGAAGACGCCCGGCCAGAAGCUCUGGGAGCUGGUCAUGGAGCCCAGAUGGAAGUUCUAUGUCAAGGAAGGAAGCUCCUACACGGUUAGGACCGGAGUGCCGGGUGUCUGGGAAGAAGUGGCUAUGAGGAUCAAGGAGCAGACUGAACACGAGGUAGAGAAAGGAGCGAAGAAAACCAUCGGCGCGCGGCUAGGCGCCCUGAAAACGGGAACGGUACUAACAAAACCGUUGGGCGCUGUGAAGCCUCCACUGCGGCCGAUCAAAAGACAGACUUCUCGAUCACAGAUGAGAUAA